GAGGUCUGCAGCGGGCAGCGAGCCGCACUGCACACCGACUGAACCGGCAGGGGCGAGGCGGCAUCCAUCAUCGCUAUGGGAAUUAAGCGCAGCGUCCUGAGUGAAUCGAGCCCUCAGCCCGCUCCACCCGGAGACACAGAGUAUAAAACUGAGCAGCCCAGAGCCCCGACCAGCUCCCUCUCCUCCGGUGUGCUGAGGAGAACCAUGGUGAUGAUGAUCAGUAACAUCUAGAGAUGAGAAGUGUUACUCAAGCAGACAACUUGGACAAGGACGUUUGCUCGACUCUCAUCCGUGCUCUCUGAUUCAGGAUGAUGUCUGUCAUCCAUGUGUCCGCCGUGCUCCUGUGCACGGUGGUGGCUGACAUCUCAGCCCGAGCUUUGACCACAUCCACCGCAGACGACCAGCCCCUCCUCUCUCCACGCCACUAUCAGCACACAGACCAGGACUCUGGCACCCAGCUGGUCUGUGACAAGUGCCCAGCUGGCACCUACGUCUCCAUCCACUGCUCUCCGACAACAGUGAGGGAGUGCAGCCCCUGCCCCAGUGGCACCUUCACACGGGGCGAGAACGGCGUCCAGCAAUGCCACCGCUGUCGGGCUCCGUGUCCCGCGKGCUUCAUCGAGAAGGCGCCGUGCACGGCCACCCAGGACAGAGUCUGCACCUGUCCGCCCAACACAUUCCUGUUGAAGGGCGGCGGUCUGGAGUGCAAGCCCCACUCCCUGUGCCCGCCGGGGACCCGGGUGAAAAGGCGCGGCAAUGAAAAGGAAGACGUUCUCUGUAAGCCGUGCAUGAAGGGCACGUUUUCUCAGGUGAAAUCCAGUGCCAUGAGUUGCACAAAUCACACAGACUGCAAAGCUCUGGCAAGGCUGCUGUUGACACCAGGGACAAGACAGAUGGAUAACGUGUGUGGACCCCCUUCUGCCACUUUGCCAUCUGUCCCCCCGACCACUCCACUGGGGCCUGCACAGGCUGUGUUUGUUCAGGAGACGAUGAUGUCAUCGGUCUCCCCAUUGUUGAAUGGACAUAAACAUAAAGAUCCCUUGAGCCAGUCAGCAGCCAUUCAACUGAGGAAAGCUGCAGGCGGGGAAGACGGAGGAGCAGAGUUUAUGCUUACCCAUUCUGGCGUCCCCACCCCACCAAAUCAGGAAGUGUCAUGGACUCCCUUGUCGGUGGCUCGAAAGCAAGCCAUGGAUCUCAAGCAAGAAUUGGGCGAGUCUGAUGCUGAUCCUGAGCCUGGGGCAAAUAAACCAAGAAUGGAGGAUCCAGUAGGMCCAGAAGUAGUUAGGGUUGGAACAGGCAUCAGUAACGUAGUUAACUCGGGGAAUGCGGGUGAAGCCUCCAACUACUACAGGCCCAACCGCAGGGGGUCACCAAGGCCGACCAUGCACGAUCAUUUUGACAUCAACGAGCACCUGCCCUGGAUGAUAGUUCUGCUGCUCCUGCUGGUGCUGGUCGUGAUCGUGGUGUGCAGCGUCAAGAGGAGCUCUCGGGUGCUGAAGAAGGGCCCAAUGCAGGACCCAAGCAGCAUCGUGGAGAAGGCAAUUCACAAGAAGACAUCUGGGACUCCAACACAGGCCAGAGAGAAGUGGAUCUACUACUACUCCAAUGGCCAAGGGGUGGACAUCCUGAAGCUGGUGGCAGCCCAGGUGGGCAACCAGUGGGUGGACAUCUAUCAGUCUCUGGCCAAUGCCACUGAACGUGAGGUGGCCGCCUUCUCAAAUGGCUACUCCUCCGAUCACGAGCGAGCGUACGCCGCGCUGCAGCACUGGACCAUCCGAGACAGCGGGGCCAACCUGGCCAAGCUGAUCAACGCCCUGCACCGGCUGCGCCGCAUUGACGUGGUGGAGAAGAUCCGCUGUGUCAUGGAGGACAACCCGCAGUUUGACAUCAACCAGCUGACGACCACUGUGAAUGUAAGCCAAAGCCUCAGCCCCAUCCACAAGCUGCUGGAGUCACCCAGCAGCAUGGCCAGCAGUGGUGGAAGCAACAGCAGCGGCAACAUGUACCGAGCCGGCGGCAUCGGACCCGUCCAAUCGCCCAUGGACCGAACUAAAGGUUUCUUCGCCGACGAAUCAGAACCGCUCCUCCGCUGCGACUCCACGUCGAGCAAAGACUCCGCCCUCAGCAGGAAUGGCUCCUUCAUUACCAAAGAGAAGAAAGACACGGUUCUCCGGCAGGUUCGCCUGGACCCAUGCGACCUUCAGCCGAUCUUCGACGACAUGCUGCACAUCCUGAACCCUGAGGAGCUGCACGUCCUCGAGGAGAUCCCCACCGCUGAGGACAAGCUGGACCGGAUGUUUGAGAUCGCCGGAGUGAAGAGCCAGGAGGCCAGCCAGACGCUGCUGGACUCCGUCUACAGCCACCUGCCCGACCUGUUAUAGUGGAGAGGGUAGGGGGAGAGGGAAAAAUAAAUAAUGAAAAAAAAAGAGAAGAAAAAAAAAGCACACAGAUGUUCAAAGGCAAAGGGAUGGGGUGUAGUUGAGACUUAGUUUGAGUUGAUUUUUUCAAACUGGUGGAGUUGGACUCAUGAAGCCACUAGUGUAACACGGCUCCAGCAGGUUAUUUACCUUUGGUCUGCUCCCUCUGAUGAGUCCGGUCAAUUCUGACCACUCCUUCGUUCCUUCUGUAUAAACCCCCCCCUCUGUCGCAUCACAGGACCACCGGUGAUGCUAACCGUGAGGCUCCAAGGCCUUCUGGGUUUUAAAGAGUUGAGUCCAAACGGCGUGAAUUAUGUACAGACUCCACUCAACUAGCACUUUAUUUAUCUGAAACGGCCAACGCCUUCUUGUUUAAAGGACAAUACCGGUGUUUUUUCUUGUUUGUGCCAAUCAUUUAGGCUCUUCUUGCCUUUACUAAUAUUUCAGUGUAAAAGUCAUAUUUAUUAUUAACACAACAGGCAAUGGUAUAUAAGCUAUAACUCUAAACAACACUGGUAUUAUUCUUUGAUUAAGGUUCUUGUAAAUCAAACGGAUUGGGCUGAUUUCUGAGUCGUGUGCCUAAACCUGUUCCCUUCCACAGAUCCUCGCUUUGUUUCCUUCCUGCUGCCUGAUCCUGAGGGGGGAUGGGUGGUUUUUGGUAGCUUGUGACCACCAGCAGGUAGUAGCAUCAUUUCAACAGUCUGACACCAAGUGCAUCGAUUAAAAUGACUCGAGACUGAAGGACUGCAGUGCCUCAUAAAGCACCUCAGGCUUUUCCACAUUCGGUCAUAUUGCUACCACAAACCCUAUGUUCUUUCAAUGGGAUUUUAUAUUAAAGGCCAAACUCAAAGUAGGGUAUUGCUAUGAGGUGAAUGGAAGAAUAUACAAAUCAAAAUUUGAAAAGCAUAGUUUGCUGUUCUGUUGAAUUUUCUGACCCGGCCACGUGUGGGCAGAUUUUUUUUACCUCCUCCGGCAGUCUUAACAGAUGGGAUCAUUUGGACCACACAUGUGUUUUACGAGGUUUUCUUGGUGUGGUUUCUGGAAUUGACGGUCUGAUGGCACAACAGCCCACCUCCCUACGCUUCAUCGCUGUCUGACCGUCACAUUUACCACACUCCUCAAAGUCCAGACCUACAUCCAGUCGAACAUCUCCAGCUCCACUUCAAAUUAUAUUUUGAGACACACUCUCCUUCCAACAGGCAGAACCUUUUCAGUUUUUAGAUGUGAAAAGUAACCGCAAAAGCAAAGAACGACCAUAAAAUCCCAGAAAAAUGCAUCACAGGUUCUGGUUGUAAGGUGACAAAUUGCUACAAAGCUCAGAGGAUAUCAAUACUUAAACAUUAUUUUAGUUCACCUGCCAGUAGAAGAAAUGCCCCCCCCCCCAGUGCAGCGCUGAGAAAGCGUUCCUGAUCCAUUUUUCAUUUCAGAGCUUCCUGGCAGCAUCAAGGGAAAUAACUCAGUCCAAUUUUCUAGAUGUUUUAUGUUCUUGAUAUUCCAAUGUAAUACUCAUGCACUAAUGGUAAUUUCUGUAUGUGCUUUUGUUUUGUUUUGUUUUCCAUACUCACUUUGAUUUACUAUUAUUAGUUAUUGUAGCAUGUGGGUUUCUCUGUCCUGGGCAUUCGUAUGUUUUUGACCCCCUCCAUCCCUGGCUGGGCUGUAACAUAUGCAUACUCUGUACUCUACUUGAAGUCUGUUACUUGAGCUCACCAAUGAACAGAGUGCAGUCUACCGAUUCCUUUCACCUUAAACAGUUUGCAAAAGCAUCUUGAACCUCAUAAACCCCCUCCGUCUUCAACGCAUCACGGAACAAGGAGGCGACGUUCUGCCAGAACCUCUGUGGUGUGGACUCUCGCCUUUUGGCCUGGCAGUAGAGAACUAGGACAUGAUGGAAGGAGAACGGCUGCUUCAGGUACUGCAGCUUGGAUGGAUGUGUCUGAAGACGGCGCUGCUGUGGACUGCAGACAGGAUGAAGGCGGGGAGGAAGUGUGAAGUGGCUCUACACUGCGCUGUGGGGUAGAAGUGACCUGUGGGGUACAAGUGGAGUGGACGUGUCUGAGGAGAUGAUUUAAUCAAAUUCACAACUCAAAUGUAACCAGUAUGUUUACUCUUCAGAUUAACUAAAUAAAGCUGAUUUUUUUUUUCUUUUUCA